AUGAUGUGUUCAUCAGUUAUUGAAAUGAAUGUCGCUUUGAUUGGAAUGAUGGGUUGCGGGAAAUCAGCUUUGGCAGUGAAAUACAUAGCGCAUCGAUUCAUUGGCGAAUAUGAUCCAAACCUUGAAGAUACUUAUUGUUGUCAAGAUGUCUUACUCUCACAACCGAUGGUUGUGUGGUUGAUGGAUACAGUAGAUGGUUCAGGACGAGAUGCGAUGCGUUAUCUUUCUUGGGCUGACGUUUACAUUAUUGUAUAUGAUAUAACAUCACAACUAUCUCUGCAGUACGCGGAAUCGACAAUGCAACAGAUUUCAACCCAUGAACAUCGUCUUUGCUCGCGGCAACACAAAUGCUUGCUUGUGGGGAAUAAGACUGAUCUUGAACGUUACCGUCAAGUGAGUGAAUCAGAUGGUGAGAAGUUAGCAAAACGAUUUGGUGUAAUGUUUGGUGAAGUGUCAGCUGUAGAUGAAUGGGAACGAGUUGCUGCACUUUUCAGACGUCCAAUUACUGUGCUCUUAACUGAUCGAUCUAAAAGGCGUAGUCCAUCUCCACGGCUUUGUUCUUCCGAUUCUGAAAUUGCUUCUUCGGUGAAUAAAAAUGCAUUCUCAAUGAAGGGUUCCGGUCGUUGCAAUACAUUUGGUCUUCGUUCGAAGAGUCCGAAAGGUGUUGACAUAGUCAAAAUGCCCUCAUCAAAGAAAAGUGGUCACAAGUUGUUGAAACUUUUCUAUAACUGA